GUAGUUCAGCCUAUGAUACUAAAACAAGACAGAAGGUGGCAGUAAAAAAGCUUUCAAGACCUUUUCAGUCACUUAUUCACGCAAGGAGGACCUACCGAGAGCUCAGAUUGCUUAAGCACAUGAAGCAUGAAAAUGUAAUUGGAUUGCUAGAUGUUUUUACACCUGCAACAUCAAUAGAAAAUUUUAAUGAAGUGUAUCUUGUGACAAAUUUAAUGGGUGCUGACCUGAACAACAUAGUGAAGUGCCAGAAGUUAACAGAUGACCAUAUACAGUUUCUCAUAUAUCAGUUGCUUCGAGGUCUUAAGUAUAUUCACUCAGCUGGAAUCAUCCACCGGGACCUGAAGCCCAGUAACCUGGCUGUGAAUGAAGACUGUGAACUGAGGAUUUUAGACUUUGGUUUAGCUCGACAAACUGAUGACGAAAUGACUGGAUAUGUUGCAACAAGGUGGUACAGAGCUCCAGAAAUUAUGUUGAACUGGAUGCACUACAAUCAAACAGUUGACAUCUGGUCUGUUGGAUGCAUUAUGGCAGAGCUAUUAAAAGGGAAGGCCCUAUUUCCAGGAAAUGAUUAUAUCGAUCAGCUAAAGAGAAUAAUGGAAGUUGUGGGUACUCCCAGUUCUGAACUUCUGAAGAAGAUAUCAUCAGAACAUGUGAGUAAAUACAUUGAAUCUCUUCCCCAUAUGCCUCAACAAGAUCUGAAGGCAGUGUUUCGUGGUGCCAAUCCAUUAGCUGUAGAUCUUCUUGAGAAGAUGCUUAUAUUAGACAGCGAUAAAAGAAUUUCUGCCUCAGAAGCACUUGCACAUCCCUACUUUGUACAGUAUCACGAUCCAGAUGAUGAGCCUGAGGCCGAGCUCUAUGACGAGUCAAUAGAAAAUAAAGAACGAACUAUAGAUGAAUGGAAAGAACUUACUUACGAAGAAGUGAUGAGCUUUAAACCACCUGACUUAAAAAUGGAUAGCCUGGAAAUAGAACAGUAAAUACAGGCAGUUGUGUUUUGCCUUGCUGCACUGCGAAGACUGUUAAAAUAUAACCACACAAUUUAACCUGUGUUCAAGAGUAGAUUUUACUAUCCAAAGAUGUUGGAGAAGAUGU